AUGCGUUGUGUCCCGAUUCUUGCCUGCCUACUAGGACUCUCACUUGUCGCUGCCUUGCAAAAACCAGACGCAAGAACACCAGCAGGCUUCCUUAAAAUAGGCCCUGGUGGUAUUGACGCCAUCGGAAUUACUCCGAAGAACCUACUUGCUGGGACAUCAGGCAAUCCCAAAAGUCAUAUUUUGAACCGUCGUGUUCCUGAUUCUCCUCCCUUGAUGGUAAAACUGAUUAAUAACUUGGAUAGGGCGACUGCGAAAGCUUACAUAUCCGGUUUGGAUGCUACUGGUAAGGUUUUCUUUCUCUCCCCCAACGGUACGCUUGUCUACCCUAAGUCCAAGGAGCCCCAUGUAUCAACUGAGAUUAUGGAAGACAUUGCCUUAUUUUUAGGCUCUAAUAACCAGACUCUCGACGUACAACUUCCUCCAUUCAUUCGCUCAGGUCGCGUCUACUUUGCAGACAGAGACCUCCGUUUCUUUGUUGUUAACAAUGGAGGAGGUGAUAGCGUGGUCCAACCUUCAGUUACCAAUCUACGAGAUCCAAAUGCAGAUGUGAAUUGGGGAUUCGUGGAAUUAACCUAUAUGAAUGGUUUGUUAUAUGCUAACAUCAGUUAUGUUGAUUUUGUCGGCAUAGUGCUUGGUAUGAUGCUCACUGAGAAGGAUGGCAGUACCCAGACCACUGCGGGUCUCGUAGCCGAUGCUGUUACCAGGAUAUGUGAUGACUUGAUGAAACUGAGAGAAACUGAUCAUCAUGAUUGGGCAUCACUCUGUAUUGCGAACGGGGAGGGGAAGACUGUGCGUGUCCUUUCCCCGGGAAAUCGGCAUGAGGUCGAAACUCAACUAUUCGACGACUAUUGGGAUACCUAUGUAAACGAGGUCUGGAAGAAGUACGCAACACAAGACCUCGUCGUCGAUACCCAGUCAAAUGCCGGCCAGGUCAAGUGUAGAGUUUCGGACGAUCAGCUCGUCUGCGAAGGGAGCGAUCGUGGCUUUGCUAAACCUACUAGUAAAGAUAUCUGGGGCUGUAACAGCGGCCCGUUUGCUAUCUCUGAUGGUGAUACAUCAGCCCAUGCGGCCAUAGUUCCCCGAAUCUGUGCCGCUUUUGUUCGAUCAACGCUUCUGCUCGAUGGAGGUGAUGUUCAGCCGAGCUUGGGUCAGAGAUCCUACUAUACAGUCAAUCCUACUAAUCAUUACAGCCGAAUUGUUCAUUCUUAUGAGGUAGAUGGUAAAGGAUACGCUUUUCCUUAUGAUGACGUUAAUCCUGAUGGCAAUGAAGAUGCGUCUGGGGUCGUGAGUUCGAACAACGUCCAAUCUUUAGCUAUCUACGUCGGCGCGCCACCUUCUCUUAGCUAA